AUGACUACGUCAAGGCAUCAGCGCUCCCAGCAGCGCUUGGUCCAGCUCCUGUUCCUGGCGUCCGCCUCGACAGCAGCCAUCAUCAGCAUCGGAGGAACUGAUCUGACCCUCUCAAACUUUCAACUCCUCACACAACUAUCCAUACCUCUGGGCUGCCUUUUGACUUAUAACAACCCCAUCCAAGGAUGCACGGCGAACGACUUCUCGAGUACCGGCACCUGUCACAACCACUUCAGCAGCACCGACAGUCCGGCCGACUUCGACCGUGAUAGUGCCGCCGCCAUCAUCAACUGUUGUUGCGCCUCCGCCUCCGCCGGCUACCACCGUGCCUCCUGUCAUCCCACCCCCGGCGACUACAUCAAUAGCUGCACCACCGCCAACUCAACCGCCCGUAAUUCCUCCGCCCAGCACGGCGGCGCCACCAGUAUCAUCGCCACCGCCGCCUGUAGUACCGCCACCGCCGGCACCCACGACUGUCGUCACUUCUACGACAUCCAACGCGGCAGCACCACAGAGUACGUCGGCGGAGACUACGAAACCUCCGGUCAACCCAUUGGAUGCUUUGCUUCUUAG